AUUGACUUUAAAGCAUUGCUGCUGGUGUAUAAAUCUCUAAAUAGUACAGGGCCCAAUUACCUCUCUGAUAUGUUGCAGCGGCCUAACCCAAUCAGAUCUACCAGAUCGCAGCAGCAAAAUUUACUGGUAAAACCUGUUGUUAAAACAAAUGCUGUGUUCACACUUAUACUGGUACGAAAGUGGUAUAACUGUAUCGAUACAAAGUAUACCGGUACAGUUUAGUGCAUCUGUCCACACUAGCGAGAAAUGUUUGCGGUUUUCUUUCACGGUAGUUGAAAUGCGCGUGCGCGAAAUGUUUCCGUGGUUACCGAGUAACUUCCUUCCGAGAAUAUGGCGGAUGAAACAACAUGUGUGUGCUUUUUGUUGUCAAUGUACAGUCUGUAUUUCUGGUGGUCAUUUAUUCAGUCGAAUUGUAUAAAACGCGCGAGGCAGUUGAGAAAGAAACAAAGAAAACGAAUCUCCCUUUCUCCCCCCUCACUUUCUCCCUCUUCCCUUCUCUUUCUCUCCCUUUUCCCCUCUUCCUCCUUUCUUCCUCCCUCUUUCCCCCUCCCUCCCUUUCUCCCCCCUUUCUUUGCUCCAUGUAGCUCCACGGUCGUUUUGAGCCAUUUUGACGUUUUAUUUACAGCUGGAAAGCGCGUGCGUAUUGUAUUGUAUGAAUAACCUGGAAGACGUAGGAAUGGUUCAUUGCGCUUGCGCAUUAUAUUUGUAUCGAUACAGAACCGCUUCAUCUGUCCGCACUACAGCGAAGCGCUACAGUACCGAUACUGUACCGGUACGAAACCCAUACAUUUGUGGGUUUCGUACCGAUACAGUUAUACCGCUACAGUACCGGUAUUGACCCUUCCCACUCACGUGACCUUCGUAAACGCGACCGCCAUUUUGGACAUGAAUUGGACUUCGGUUCGAAUCGGUUUGAAUGCGAGGAAGACGAUAAACGAAAAACAUAAAAGAAAAAGGAGCGAGAUGCAGAAAACACCUUCACUAUCCAGCGACGUAGGGCAUUUACAGGGCGAGCAGAGGGAGAGGUAUUUGCAAAAAUUGAGGUUAGCAGGCUUAGAGAACGACGUUUAUCUGCUUCCACCAGGAUUGUUCACUGACGUACGGAAGUACACGAAGCCCUCGUCUUUACCUGACUUCGGCCCACAUGAUCUGUAUACCUAUGUCGUUAAAAACCCAUCGCCAUACACAGGUAUUGAUCUGAAAGCGUAUAAGGGUUUGGAUGCCUACAAAUAUUUUGUGUCAGGCUGGGUAACAUGCCUACAUCAGCGGGUCGUCCCUGGAGCCGGUGGUCGCCAUCUUAUUACAGCUAAGUGUGGCCCAGCGGAAGGACAUGGCAGAGACAGAGGUGACCGUGUCCAUGGGAGACAUGGUGGUGAUGAAGGCUACUGAUGAAGAUGAGGUUGCAGCAGGAGAUGCAAACAAGACACAAGUCAUCCUUCAGCUGCAGCCCAUCACAUCUGGGAAUGAAGAUAAUGCAGAAGAGACAGUUACAACAGAUGAAGUUUUGGCAGCAGGAGAGGAUGUCGAGCUGGGAUACCCCAUCACCUGUGGCGAGAGCAAAGCUGUUCUUCUGUUCAAGAAAUUUGUUUGCCCAGGAAUUAAUGUCAAAUGUGUCAAGUAUGAGGACGAGUUAAUCAGCCCUAAGCAGUUUGUUCAUAUGUCUGGCAAAGCUACUCUCAAGGACUGGAAACGGGCCAUCAGAAUGGGGGGUGUCAUGCUCAGGAAAAUGAUGGACUCGGGUCAGUUAGAUUUCUAUCAGCAUAGCACACUGUGUACCAACACUUGCCGCAGUACCAAAUUCGACCUCCUGAUCAACAACACGCGCUUCCCUCCUGACAGCAGUGUACUCAGUACUCCUUCAUCAUCUCAGGGGCAGAUUGCUGUGGGUAAUGGAGCAGAAGUUGUCAUGAUAGAAGAGAAGUCAGUGGAAGCGACAAGCUCUUUGGAUUGGUGUACUGCUAAUGUAGAUGUUCCAAAGAAAAAGGAAGUGGUCGAGAUAUCAGAGGAGACACUGAGCUUCUGGAAAGGCAUAGCGGACGUCGGUCUCAUGGGUGAAGUGGUCAGUAACAUCCGUACAGAGCUGCUGGAGAUGUUGAGAGGGGUACAGCUUCGCUCUGAUCAGGCCAACCUACAAGAUGUCGAAGUGGCAGUUCUGAGUAACCUCACUCAAGUGUUUGGCCUGCUGGGCUCCAUCAAACGAAUCCUGGCUGUUCGGCGGCAAAUGACUGACCUGGGACAGAAACAGGUCCUCAAAACACUAACCAGUCUGGAACAGCAGCUGGAAGAGCAGAAGAAGCAGCAAGCUCAGAGCUGGUUGGUCUCGUCGUCUUCAUCCACCCCUCCUCCACCAAAGCGCGCUCCUAAACGGCCUCGCCUACAUCGGCCAGCCUCCGCCACAGUGCUCCAGCCACUGACACUCCACUCACCCCAGUAUACACUCAUCUCCCCCAUCACCCUGUCCUCUGUAUGCCAACCCAUUACCUUGCCUGGCCUGGCACAACCGCCCGGCGCGGUGACUCUCUUGACUCACGUGCCACAGCAUGAUGGCAAGGCAGAGACCCUAACUUUGGUGGGCACAAUGGCUGCACAGGAGCCUGCACAGCUGGGCACUAUGGAGCUUGGUGCGGUGGGAACAGUGAGCACGAUGGAACUGGGAGCAGCAGGCACAGUGGAAAUGGCAAACACGGUGUUGGUGCAGGAUGACGAGAGUCAGGCGAUUGAAAUCAACUUGCAGAUGGGAGCAGAAACCGAGGGAGCCGCCAAGGACGAGGAAGAGCGGAGAAGGAUGGACGGAGGAGGGGAGGAUGGGAGUGGAAUAGUGGUGGGAGAGAAAGAGAUGAAAGUUGAAAUGGAAGAGCUGCAUUUGGAAACCAAUGGGCAGAUUCACAACCUACAGAUUUUAGUGGUAGAAGAUGAGGAGCAAAUGCAGGUUGAAGGCAAAUCUGAAUGAUCCAUGGACACACAAGGAACCCUGAGACAUUUGCACUUAUUCUUCCUUUUUUUUUUUGUACUACUUUCCUAAAAGAGGUCAGCAUGGCCAAGUUGAAAGGUGUGUCACUGCUUUUUGUAUGAGCAAAUUCAGUAUUCCUUUAUGAACUUUAGAGAAUGCAUGUGCAUUUUGAUAUGCCUUUGUAGAAAUGAGUACUUUAUUUUAUUUUAUUUUAUUGUAUUGUAUGGAUCAAUAUUAUAUCGGACACUUUCUUUAGUACGGUGCCAAAAUGUUCAGCAUUUACAUCACCGGUGUUCAACUAUGUUACCCAAAACCAAGAGAGAUGACUGUAAUUAAGAAACAAGACUGUGCUCUGGAUACCUUGGUGUACUGGUAUCUUGGACUGGAACAACAACUGACAUUGAUGCAAACUUGCAACCGCAAGUCUUCAAGUGAUGGUUUGGCAAAAAAUCAAUUGAAUAAUAAUAAUAAUAAUAAUAAUAAUAAUAAAACUGUUCCUGUUCACCUAAAAUUAAUUAAAUGUAGAUAUGUACCUAAAUUAUAGAAGUUAUAUGAAUGAUGGAUAAUAUAAUUCUACUUUACAAUUAAAUGUGAAAAAAAAUUAUGCUUGAAUAUCUCUGCUAUUUUACAAAUGCUUUUGUAUAACAUUACGCACUGUUGUUUGAAGCAAGUAUAGGAAGAUUUGGGAUAUGGACUUUAUUUUUGGUGAGACAGAUCAUUAGUUUUAGCCCUGAAACAGUAAAGCAUUUCAGACACCAGACGUGACUUGGCUGAUCAAUUAUAUUUUUAGUAUGUGGUAAGUUGUGUAUGCUCGAUACUUUUUUUUUUUUUCCUGCCUUGCAAGACUAUUUUAAUUGACUGUGUGCACUAUUUAAGAAAGUGUUUUUAUUUGAGAAUGUGACUGUUUAUAUCAGCAAUAGUGCAAUAUGAAGAAAUGUGUUAAAAUAGAUAUAUUUUUAGAUGUGAUGGAGUGAAUCCUUUGCUGGAAACAAAAUACCUUGUAUAUUUUCCAUGGUGAUAAUAUGGAAGGCUCGAUGGUGUGAAAUGGGCUUAGUAGUUCAUCACUGAAUCCCUGGUUUUGGAUGAAAGCCGAAUUAAUAAAUGGAUUACACUGAUUAAAUCCGUAAUCUUAACCUUCUGGUGGCACAGAAAUAGGCAACUAAUGUUUCACUAAAUUGAUCGUCAAGGGGAAAGGGUCGCAAGAGUCUUCCUGUUUGCUCAGAUUUUUGUCUCUUGAAUAAACAGUCCUUGUUUGUCA